AUUAUAUCUCGUGUACGAUCGACACAAGGUUUAAAUAGCAAUUCUGUUUUGAAAUGUCGUUCAGAUUUGAAUGAUACGUUUAACGAACAAUAAAAAAUAAUAAAGAAAAUUUGAGGUAAAGAAAGAAGCGUGAGGCUGUGAGACAAAUGGUUUAUCAACGUGGAAAUCAAAGGGAUGGUUCCCCACAUUAUGUUUUUUUGUAUUCGGAUGAUGAAAAUAGUGGAGACGAAGAAAAUAUUCCUUUGCAACAACGUAACAAACCUACAUCAUUACCACGUAAAGUGGAAGUUAUAAAUGUUCCACUUAAAUCAGAAGAUACAUUACAAGCAUUGGCAUUACGGUAUAGAUGCACGAUCUCUGAAUUGAAGAGAAUCAACAAGAUUCACAAAGAGAAUGAAAUACAUGCAAGACGCUUCAUAAAAGUACCUAUACAACCAUUUUCUUUAUUGACCGAGACAUUAGAACACCAGAGUGGCCAGGCAGAUAGAAGCAAAGUAAGUAUGUCCAGUUCUGAUCAAGAGACAGAAAAUGCAGUAACAAAAGGUCCAUUAUUAAAUGUGAUAAAAAAUCCUGUUGUAAUUGAAUUGCCAAAGGCAGAAAUUAAUACAAUUAUAUUAAAUUCAGUUUGUGAACCUCUGUCAUCAUUCAAUAGUGGUAACUCUUUAGAAAUUAGCAAUUCAGAAUGUGACCAAUUACUUACCUCAGCAGAGAGUAACACAGAAAACUCUCAUUUAACAGAAACAUUUAGAUGUUCUGGUGAUGAUUGUGGAUUAUCCUGGACACAACUUCUUGGUUUUUCUUUACUGUUAGGUUUUGCAGGACCUAUUAUAUACAUACUUUAUAUAGCUGAAUUUUCAUCCAAAACUCAUUCAGGUACUAAUCAUUAGUUAGAUUUCUACUAGACAAGUGGCUAUUACAAUAAGUAUAAUUUAUUGUACUAGCAACAUUUACAGCAAUAAUUGUAGUUAUAACUUGAAAUAACAAUCAAUCAUAGGUAACUAUGUUAUUUUAUAUAAGUGAGAUUGCAUUAAGAAGUAAAUUGUGUCAUUA